UACGGUCCAAUUAUCCGAGAAAUACGAAGCAGUUAUGGUUCUCAGUGGAGUGGGGAUGCUCUAGGUUAUAAGAAUGGUUUGUGGGAAUUCUGUUACAGUGGUACUCAAAUUCAUGAAGAACUAGAAAAACUCGGAGGACUUGAUAAAAUUGACAUUAAAGGAUGGAGGGUUAGUGACGACACUGUACUACACAUUGCUACAGCAGAAGCGUUGGUUUCUGAAUGGACAACAACGGAAGAGUUAUUGAGCAUUAUGGCUACAAAGUACAAGAAGACAUGUGCUGAGGAUAUGUGGGAAAGAGCUCCUGGGCAGACCACAACAAAGGCAUGUUUCAUGUUACAACCUCUUGAGGAAAAAGGUUACAUUAUACCAUUUAAUGAACGAGGUGGAGGAUGUGGUGCAGCUAUGAGAUCCAUGUGUAUAGGUUUGAUGUUUCCUUGUGAAGAUCAAAUUGAAAUGUUAAUUGAAAUUGCUGUUGAAAGUGGAAGGAUGACUCAUAAUCACCCCACAGGUUAUCUAGGGGCUGUUACUGCAGCUUUAUUUACAGCCUAUGCUAUACAGAAGAUGACUCCAAAAAAAUGGGGAGCAGGACUUUUAAGUGUUUUACCCAAAGUUUGGGAAUAUAUUGAGAAGGUUGGUCGUGAUGUAGAAGAAAACAAGAAAUCUUGGGGCUACUUUAAAAUGUUUCGAGUGACAUAUAACAUACCUGAACGUGAUGCUUUUUAUAAAUUUGUCAGUUAUGCAGGUUGGGGUGGGUUCAGUGGUCAUGAUGCACCAAUGAUUGCUUACGAUGCUUUGAUGAUGGCAAAAGAAUCCUGGUUUCAAUUGUGCCCUUGUUCUAUGUUUCAUGGUGGAGAUAGUGACAGCACAGGAAUAUUGGCUGCAGCAUGGUGGGGUGGUAUGUAUGGUAUGAAAGGUGUACCACUUGGAAAUUAUAGGAACCUGGAAUAUGGUCAUAGGCUUACGGAGCUGGGUAAAAAAUUACUGAAUGUAUCAAAGAAUAUGAACAACUGA